GGGCUAUGGUGGGCGUCUCCAUUGCUUGCGGCCUCGCCUUUUUCGCUGUACUCACGGCAAUCCUGUGCCUGCGGCUCCGCGCCGAGGCCGCCGCACGCGAUCUCCCAGGACCUCAGGACGAGGAGGAGGACGUUGUGCCAUCUGCUCCUGCUGGUCUUGCCAGGACGAAAGGGACGAGACAAGGACACCGCCUAAACUCGGAACAAGUCUUCUUCAACAAGAAGACGAAUGCCUUUGUCAGGGCUGCGGACCACCCGUUGAUGUUCUCCGCAGUCGCUACAAGUUCGAGCAACCUCUACCCUACGACAGCCCCUGGACCUUCGCGCCCAGGGCCAGUAAGUAGAAGUGGAGCUGCUACCGGAGUCGCUUCGCGUUCGGCGGAGCAGCGCACAAAAAAGGGCACGGAAGAUGAAGCACUGCAGCUUGCCGGUGAUCAACAAAUAAAACGCGAAUCAGCCACAACAGCGUCCUCGUCAAAUCACGAGAAUGUCGUGCCCGUUCCGCAAUUUAUCAUGACUUCACCUACUCAUCCCUCAUCGAGUGCACGGAAGGACAUAGGCACGCCGCCGCGUCCGCGUGGUUGCUCGCUAUCCGGCUGAAAACAAGUGCAGCCCCCGAUAGCCCCACCUACACGAAAGACCAAAGAGUUUUGUGUUGCAUGUGAACAAGCUCAUCUAUGUUCGAUUUCCGAUUGGAGGGCACAGUGAUAGUGGCUGAUGCUUUUUGCAUGGACAAGCAGAGUCGUGAAGAAGCUUAUCGCAGCGAACAAAUAUUUAUAUAUAGAUACAUCCACAAGAAAACCUUCUCAACUUCUUGCGGCCAUUCGAGACACCUUUUGAUUUUCAAUGACUUCAGGUCAAAAAUUUAUCACACAUUAUUGCAGCAGCAGCACAUGAUGCACAUUCUUUAGACAUUCGGCGGCGCUGCCAUCUCGUCGAGUGGGGGGCUAAGGCGAGGGGGCUCUUUUCAUUUCCAUACCCACCGAAUGUGUUGCAAGCCAGAAUCGAAGCCGAUAUCAGGAGGCAUGAGAAUGCGAGCCGCAACGGCGAAAAGCAGAGCGAGCAUCCUAAUUCUCCUCGAGGCGCCACUUUGACCACGCCUUUCCCAGCACGAAAUGCUCUCGGGGGUGCGACAUCGCCUGUUGGGAAUGGUGGCGCAGUUGUUGGAGGGGCUAAUACAACUAAGGCGACGAGCGUGGUACUAUCAUCCAGAUACGACAUGAAGAGCCAUGUGUUGGUUCUCCAGGAAAGUGCCACCCCGGCGAACGAAGUGUCCACGUCGCAGCAGAUGCAAAUGAAUCCGCAGCCGCACAUUACCGCAGAUUUCGCAGUGGCUCACCAGUUGAAGUCAGUCCGGGUGCAGCACGACCAUAAUUUGCAUCCCGAGCAGCAGCUGCGCCCGACCGAGGCGCAACUGCAACACUUGGAGCAGGGAUCCGCCAUUGCCUUGGAGAACGGGCGAAUCGUCCUAGACCUGGACUACCUCUCUGUUUUAUGCAAUGCAACCAACUUCUAAAGCAUCCGGUUCCGGUCGUCGAACGUAAUUGCCUGACAAAGAACUUUUUCAGUAUUGUAUUCUAUUACAGAAGUUAUUACCUUCAGAAUCAGAAAUAACAGAAUUUGUCAUGCAGGCAACGGUUCUACUUCUAAUCUAUGCACAGGGACAGCCAAUAUCUCCUUGACGAUUGCAAGUAGUUGUUCUACGAGUUGUCUACCACGCCGGCGAUGCUUUUGUACAACGGCAUAUCCUCCGGGACAGAGCGAUUACCCCUCCUACUACGCACCAGACGGGGUGGAAGUGUCGCAGUUCAUCGACACGGCCAGCCGGAACUUCGAGUUCACCUUCUCGGCCAGAACGACCGACGAGUUAUCCUACAGAAAGCACGUGCACCCAUCUCAGAAGAAAGUAUGCAUUUGUGUUGGUUUUGUUGUGCCAUGUACUAGGAAUUUCAAGCGCUUUUGGCUGUUGAGCAUGAAAAUUUUUUGUUUGCCUGCUAAGAAAGCAAUCGCAGGAACGCGUUGCAAACUGAUCCCGUAUGAUGACAGGUAGAAUACUCUGUCUCUCUUUUGGUCUCCGCAUUGCAGAGUACUUACGCGAGAAAAACAGCAACCACGCAAAUAAAUUUUCUUUCUCUUAUGGGUGGAGUCUUUUUUAGGAUGCGAGUCGCCCCACGAAAGUUGUAGUCGGGCCGCAGCGUCGGGCGUCGAGGACAAGGACCACCUCUCAGCGAGGGGACAAGAAUCGAAUAGAAGCAGGAGGGCGUUUUCUUUGCCCAGUGCACACGACGAGCAGCAGCACAAGUUGGACUUGUUUCCCGGCACGUUUUCGGCAGCCGCCGCGACUUGCGGCACGAGCCUGCCGCCCAUAGUAGAAGCAGAUGAUCAAGAAGUAGGUCCUUCGAUGCGGACAACCCAAGAAGAACUGCGGGGUCCUCGUAGAAGAUCUUCGCCCGCCUCGUCGUCCACGACUGCCGACCACCUGCAUCAAUUUUUCCUGUUACCCCAGCCCUCUUGUGGCUCCGACGCGAGCGUUUCGCCGUUCAUUCUAGAAGCGACCGGCUCGGAGGUGGUCGACGCGUUGGCGGCCGAAGAUGGCGAAGUGGAGGCCGUGCAGGAGGAGGCGAGCAACGGAGCCGGGACAGAAAAACGAACGGUGGAAGAUGCGCAACUGUAAGAGCAGCAAAAAGUAGUUGUACAGUACAAUGAAGUCGCGUGUUGUUUUACUAGGGUGAGUGGUACAUUGUUCCCAGACAUCGAGAAAAUGAACAUGUAGUGUUUAGUGAUGGCCUUUACUUCUGCAACUUGAAGAAUCUUGUGGUUGUCCUCACCUUUCCUGAGGAAAAUUUUUGUACAAAAAGUCAAGGUAUUAAGCCACGAGGUUGUACUUGUAGCUUUUAGUUUUGACAAUUGAGACGAACCAACUUUUGGCGACGUGCAAGAUGAAGCGCAGUUAACACACAUAGUAAGUACAUAGUACGUAGUCGACCGUAUGAUCCCGCUUUGCGGGCAGCGGGCUUAUUCGCAUUUUUUUUUCUGGCUGUACUCAAACACAGCUACCAUAGCGACAGAGGCUGCCAUACUCUCUUGCUCAACAGUUGAAAGACAGGUAGAGCCAACAGCUUUACUCACAACUUGACAAGAACACGCAGCGAAGUAAAGUAGUAAGUGCUGACGCACUCUACCCAACCAAGUCAAAAUUAUCGUGGUUUCGAUUUGGAAGAACAGUCGGACCAAAAGUAUACGUAAACCGAAGGAAUGUCUACAAGAUUUAGUUGAGUACAUCGAGAAAGUACCCCUCUCAGGACUGUUGGAUUCAGUCAGUACGAGCGAACAGCGCCCAACACGAUGAUAAACAUGAUCAGGAGGUAGAGUAAACAUAGAUACGUAUAGGAAGAUAC